AUGAAGCAAUAUGAGAAAGUAAUUAAAUACCAAUUAAAGGGAAUUUCUCUUAAAACUAUAAUUGAAAGUAAAUUGAAAUCAAAAAGGAAAAAAACAUAUACUAAAGUGAAACCUUUAAGCGAUGACUUGUUAUGCAUAAUAAUUGAUAUAUACAAAAACUACAAUAGUUUAUGGAAUGUGAAUCAUGUAGCAUAUCCCGUCAAAGAAAAACGCUUUGAAACUUUGGAGUCUAUGCUAGAUGAUGUUAAUAAGAUACUUGAUACGCCCAUAGAUGUAGAUAAUCUAGAAAAACAUCUAUUAUAUAUACAUAAAUCAUAUUCCCAGGAUAAGCAACUCAAAUUAGAAUGUGAAGCAAAACAACAAGAUUUCCAACCCACAUAUUCCUUUUCAAAUAAGUGUAGUUUUUUGGAAGAUCAUCAAGGACCAUUCAAAUGUCCAUAUUGCAAAAAUUUCUAUUUGAAAUUCAAGGAUUUUUUUAUACACAAAUCCCAACACGAUGGCUCCGAUCCAUUCAAAUGUCAAGAAUGUGGUACAGGUUUUAAGGCUCAUGGAAAUUACACUAUACAUGUUAAACGUCAUUUGGGCGUGCUUAAAUUUCGUUGCGAAAUAUGUGGCAAAGGCUAUCCUGUAAAUUCUGAACUAGAAUUCCAUAUGAGUACACACAAUGAUACUCAGCCUUAUUUGUGUUCGAUAUGUGGUGAGAGUUUUCGUACUUCCGCUGGUUAUGAUAAUCAUAUACGUCGGCACGAAGAAAGAUUUCGACAUUAUUGCGAUAUAUGUAAAAAAGGCUUCAACUGUUUAACUACUCUUACUGAUCAUGUUAAUGCUCACCUCAAUGUCCGUGAUUUUAUUUGUAAUGUAUGUGGUAAAAGUUUUACAGCUAAAAAGUAUUUAAUGUAUCAUAGACGUAUACAUGGAAGUAAAAACUACAGGUGUAAUAUUUGUGGUAAGUCCUAUGCACAGGAUGCCGGUCUAAGGCAACAUAAAAAACAACACGGUAUUCCAAUUGGUAGUAUUGUUUUUGUAUCUAUACAUUUAAGACAUAAAGUUUGUUUUGCUAAAUCUGGCAACGCUUCAACUUAUGAAGUAUUAAAAAUUGUCACCACCUUAUUAAAACAGAAAUGA